CGUCGGCAGGUAGCAACCCAGCUCUUUAUGACCAGGUGAGAUGUUGGUGAGCAGGUAAAAAAGGAGGAUUUGCCUAAGCGAUUCCAGGGAGCGGGCCCGGCCGAGCCCUCCAGCCCAUGCCCGGCGGGGACCCGUCGCCAGGAGCGCCGAGCCGCGAUGUCCAUACUUGCCAAAAUGGGGGACUGGCAGGACCGUCACGACGGCACCAGCAACGGGACGGCACGGUUGCCCCAGCUGGGCACUGUAGGUCAAUCUCCCUACACGAGCGCCCCGCCGCUGUCCCACACCCCCAAUGCCGACUUCCAGCCCCCCUACUUCCCCCCGCCCUACCAGCCUAUCUACCCCCAGUCGCAAGAUCCUUACUCCCACGUCAACGACCCCUACAGCCUGAACCCCCUGCACGCCCAGCCGCAGCCGCAGCACCCGGGCUGGCCCGGCCAGAGGCAGAGCCAGGAGUCUGGGCUCCUGCACACGCACCGGGGGCUGCCCCACCAGCUUUCGGGCCUGGAUCCUCGCAGGGACUACCGGCGGCACGAAGACCUCCUGCACGGCCCACACGGGCUUAGCUCAGGACUCGGAGACCUCCCGAUCCACUCCUUACCUCACGCCAUCGAGGACGUCCCGCAUGUAGAAGACCCGGGUAUUAACAUCCCAGAUCAAACUGUAAUUAAGAAAGGCCCCGUGUCCCUGUCCAAAUCCAACAGCAACGCCGUCUCCGCCAUCCCCAUAAACAAGGACAACCUCUUCGGCGGCGUCGUGAACCCCAACGAAGUCUUCUGUUCAGUUCCGGGUCGCCUCUCGCUCCUCAGCUCCACCUCGAAGUACAAGGUCACGGUGGCGGAAGUACAGCGGCGCCUCUCACCGCCCGAGUGUCUCAACGCUUCGCUGCUGGGCGGAGUGCUGCGGAGGGCGAAGUCUAAAAAUGGAGGAAGAUCUUUAAGAGAAAAACUGGACAAAAUAGGAUUAAAUCUGCCAGCAGGGAGACGUAAAGCUGCCAAUGUCACUCUGCUCACAUCACUAGUGGAGGGUAAGCGAGUCCACUUGCUAACAAGAAGGGAACUGUCUUGUGGGAAAAUGGAUAAUACUUAGUGGCCAUUUGGUUGUGUUUUGUGUCAACUGGGCAGUUUCGUUUUUUCCAGAGGCUGUAAUGGAAGUGAGUGGAAUCCUUGCAUGUCGAAAAACUAUUUGCAUAUACUCCUGUCCUCCUUUUUUCUUUCCCUCUGCCACAAAA